AUGGCCCCCGUACAGAUCAAAGCCGCGGCAAGCGACUUCCUCGACUUUGUCAAUGCUUCACCAACGCCCUUCCAUGCCGUCAAGUCCAUCAAGGAGCGCCUGACCUCGGUGGGCUUCAAGCAGAUCAGCGAGAAAACCUCAUGGUCAUCGGCACUCGUGCCCGGCGGCAAAUACUUCCUCACUCGAAAUGGGUCGACGAUUGUAGCAUUUGCCAUAGGCAAGAAAUGGAAGCCCGGCAACCCGAUCUCGAUGGUCGGGGCGCACACCGACUCACCCUGUCUGCGCAUCAAGCCCGUGAGCAAGAAACAAGGAGACGGCUUUCUACAGGUCGGUGUGGAAACAUACGGCGGCGGCCUCUGGCAUACCUGGUUCGAUCGCGAUCUCGGCAUCGCAGGAAGAGUCAUGGUCCGGGGCGACGAUGGCAACGUGGUCCAAAGGCUGGUGCACAUCAAGAAACCUAUCCUCCGCAUCCCGACUUUGGCCAUCCACCUCGAUCGACAAGAAAAGUUCGAAUUCAACAAGGAGACGCAGCUCUUCCCCAUCGCUGGCCUCGUGGCUGCGGAGCUCAAGCGCCAGGAUGAGAAGCAGAGCAAGAGCAGAUCGCCAGCGGAAGAAGAAGGACAAAACAAGCCAUUCUCACCCCUCAAGGCCAUCACGACCAGGCACCACCCUCACAUCGUCGAACUCAUUGCCUCAGACGCAGAAGUCUCCCCGGAAGAGGUCGUCGACUUUGAGGUCGUGCUCUACGACACGCAGAAGGCCUGUCUAGGAGGCCUCAGCGACGACUUUAUCUUCUCCGCCCGGCUGGACAACCUGAACCAGACGUACUGUGCAACGAUGGGCCUGAUCGAGUCACUAAAGUCGAAAUCCGCUCUCGACGACGAAUCCUCAAUCCGGCUGAUCGCGUGUUUCGACCACGAAGAGAUCGGCAGCAUGACGGCCCAGGGCGCGUUCUCCAUGAUGCUGCCGGCGAUUAUCCGGCGCCUCUCCGUCCUGCCAGUGGGCGACGGCUCCGAGGAGUCCUACGACCAUACCGCGGACCCGGAACUGUCGACCGCCUACGAGCAGACGCUAUCCAGCUCUUUCCUCCUCUCAGCAGACAUGGCCCACUCGGUCAACCCGAACUACGGCGGCAAGUACGAGUCUGACCAUCGGCCCGAAAUGAACCAAGGGCCCGUCAUCAAGGUCAACGCCAACGCCAGAUACGCCACCAAUUCUCCGGGCAUCGUGCUCCUCCAGGAAGUUGCACGCAAGGCACCAAAACUGGUCGACGCCGACCCCGAGGGCGUGCCGUUGCAGCUCUUUGUCGUGCGCAACGAUUCCAGCUGCGGCAGCACGAUCGGGCCCAUGUUGUCUGCCCAUCUCGGUGCCCGUACCCUUGACCUUGGUAAUCCGCAGCUCUCCAUGCACAGUUGUCGCGAGACCGGUGGCGCCGACGACGUGCACCACGCGAUUAGAUUGUUCAGCAGUUUCUUCCAACAAUACUCUGCCUUGGAGAAGACAAUUCUGGUCGACUGA